CAAUAAGCCAUACUCGAGAGUACCCUGCAAACGUCACCCCGAACAAGCUCAACGCGUGAAGAUGGGAAACGGUGCCACAACACAACUUCCGGGACACCUGGAUGGUGACGAUGACGAUAUGGUGUCCGCUGGUGCCACAACACAACUUCCGGGACACCUGGAUGGUGACGAUGACGAUAUGGUGUCCGCUGGUGCCACAAAACAACUUCCGGGACACCUAGUGAGGAUCAACUGCAGCCCAUACAUUGAUUGUUCUGACAUCAGCUCCUUCCUGAAGGAUCACCACGACAGCCUGUUGGAGCGUGAUCGGCAGGUCUUGCAGUGCUGCCUCUCAGUCAUCCUGGGUGAGCCGACCUGGGUGUGGGAGCGCGCGAGUCUCCAUGUGUACGGUAGUAAACUUGCAGUGAUGUUUUACUCCAACGACAAAGCCAAUAAGUAUGUUGUGUGCAUCAAUAGGGAUGACAUAAGAUCCCAGUGUGUCAGCCGAGGAUUUCGUCUGAAGAUGAAGGAUGGCUUCCGUUCAGUGUGGAACUGGAUUGGCAAUGCAGCGGGGGCUAUUCUCGGCGCUGUAGGUGGAGCUGGGAGAAAGAUGCUGACUUACUGAGCAUUCGUGGAACCAGAGUGGCGUGGGGAUUGGGGAGGGUGUGAGGUAUUUAUUUGAAGCACUCUCAACAUUUAUGAAUUCAGAAAUAUAUAGGUGAUCAGGUAUUUAACGACCUACGUAAAUAUCGCUUGUUCAAAUCUUCUAUGGGGGGCUAAAGAAUAUAUAAUAUACAAUA